AUGCGUAUUCUGAUUUUGUUCGUUUGCGUGACAGCAUCGUUAUGCUGCAGAUGCAGACUUGUUCCACCAAAGGAGGCUUAUUGUAACGCCGAUUGGGUUUCCCUUGCCAAAGUGACUAAUUCAAGCAUAAUUAAAAACGAUGACGCUUUGGAACAACGCCAGUAUACAGUGAAGCAUUCCGAAGUAUUCAAGAAGCCUGAAGAAUGCGAUUCCUUAUCUGAGAAAAUAUAUACUUCAACACAAUCAGCUUCUUGUGGUGUAGAACUCGAGAUUGGCAAAGAGUAUCUGCUUGCAGGAAGCUAUAAUGAUAAUAAGCUCCAUAUCAUUACUUGUGGACAGCUAGCCUCCAGCGAAGAAUUCUUUGGGUUGAUUAUGGAGCGAAAGGACAUUACGGAAGAAUUCUUGAAGCAAAUCAGAGGCUACAAGUGCUAG